GUGUGAAGGAAUUUAUUCAAGCUGCAGGGCGGAGAGGAAAAAGCCGAGUAGGAAAUCUCCCUUUCUCCCAGAGGCUCUGUGUGCACCAUCUCUCCUCGCCCCCAGAAGGCAACCCCUCCCCAAAACUUUCACACUGAAGACACUCUGGGAAAGGACUGGAGCUCCUGUCUCUCCGGUUGCCACAACCCAGCCGGGAUGAGCUGCUGGGUGCUUUGGUCACAUUAUUCCCUCUGUAGACCAGGCUCCCGAACUGUUGCUAUCAAAAUGCUGGAUCAGCAGCUCGCAUGCAGACAGACAGACAGACACACGCCCACCCCCAUCAGGAGAUUAGCCCAUAUUUUCCCAUGUAAGGGCUGCAGCCUUCCUCUUUCCUUCUAACACUCCUUCCCCGCCGGCUUUUUCCUCCUCUCCUCUCCUGCCCUCUCUCCCCUCUCCGGCCGCGGCUCCACCGUUCCCCGCACCCCGCAGGCAGCCGCCGAGCCGCGGCGGGCGGAGCGGAGCCCGGCGAUGCCGCAGCGCUCCCGGCCGCCCCCCGACCGAGCGGCCCCGGCCGGACUCGGGGAGCCGUGACCCACCGCUCCGGUCCCCAGGAACCGAGACCCACCGCCCCAGCCCCGGCCGGACUCGGGAAGCCGGGACCCCCGCCCCACCCCGGGAGGGCUCGGGGAGACCCCAUUCGCUCCCCCCCCCGUCCCCCGUUGCCUGUCCUCCGCUCCCGCCGCUCGCCCCCGGCCCCGUCCACGGCCCCGCAACAGCGCCGUCCGCGGCGGGUCCCGCCCGGGGAGGCGGUGGCGGGGGAAGGGGGAGGAGAGGCGGCGGAGUGCAUUGCCUCCCGAGGAAUCAAACGGGAGGAGAGAGGAACGUGCGGAGGAAGGGAGGGAAGGACGGGCCGGGCUGGGGAGGGUCCCGGUCCCGGUCCCGCCCGCGUAGGAGCGCCCGCGUCGCCUCUGCGCCGGGACCGCGGGGAGAGUCGCUUGGGGCGGCCGCCACCCGCCGGCCCCGCGCCCCGGCUCCGCGCCCAUGUGCUCCCGGCAGCCGCGACGGGCACCCCCCGCGCACGGCGUGUCAGGACCUUUGACUUCAUGAUGGGAGGAAACAUCCCCUUGGCUGUUAGGAUCCCAGCUUCUCCCAGCGUGAGGAUUUGUCAAGGCUGAGAGACUCUGGAUUAUCCAUAAACCCCCUCUAAAACACACAGCCACCUUUUCUGUCUCCCCAUCGCAAGGGGUCUUGGAGCAGAUACAAAGAUGGCCUCCAGCCUCACCUGUGCCGGUGUCGUCUGGGCCUUCCUCUCUUUCCUCUGUGCCGCUGCUUCCUGUGUGGGCUUCUUCAUGCCCUACUGGCUCUUGGGGUCUCAGCUGGAGAAGUCGGUUUCCUUCGGCACUUUCCGGAGGUGUUCCUACCCAGUGCGGGACGAGAGCCGCCAGACGACCGUGAUGGUGGAGCAGUGUGGUCGCUACGCCUCCUUCCAGGCCAUCCCGAGUGCUGAGUGGAGGAUCUGCACAGUGGUGACGGGCCUGGGCUGUGGCCUGCUCCUCUUGGUGGCCCUCACGGCGCUCAUGGGCUGCUGCGUGUCCGAGCUUAUCUCCAGGACCGUGGGCAGGGUGGCAGGAGGCAUCCAGUUCCUGGGGGGUUUGUUGAUCGGCUCUGGUUGUGCCCUCUAUCCUCUUGGCUGGGACAGUGAAGAAGUCAGACAAACCUGUGGUAACCUUUCCAACCAGUUUGAAUUGGGGACCUGCCACAUCGGCUGGGCCUACUACUGCACGGGCGGUGGCGCGGCAGCGGCCAUGCUGGUGUGCACCUGGCUGGCCUGCUUCUCGGGCAAGAAGCAGAAGCAGUACCCCUACUGAGCAGCCCCAGCGGCGGGCGCUGCCGGGCGCCACAGGGGCUUGCCGACUCUUCUGGAUAACCACGAUGGACAAGAUGUUUUUAAGUGCUUCCUCUCUGGAGCGGGUGUGGGGCAGCAUGGCAGGUGGCCCCAGGGUGGGCAGGGAGGUGAAUGGCGUCACAGAGCCACCCAGCCGGGCUGGGCAGGGACGGGCUUUCUCACCCGUGCUCGUGGUCUGCUCCGCAAGGAAAACUCCACUUUGGUAAAUGGUGAAAUCCUGCGUGCACCAAUUAAUUGAGAGGUGGGAUGGCGGUGCCCAGGGGCUGGGGUAGCAGCCCCUCAGCACGGCGCUCCCGAAAGCACACACACACGCACAGACAUUGACCAUGGCACAAAAUGAGCAGAGAGGAAGACUUUUUGGUGCGAUUCUCCUUUUUCUUCCUUUUUUUUUACACCUCUCUCUGGUGGUUUAAGAUUCAGUGUUGCAACACUUUUUAAUCUAUACAUUAAACUUAAUAAAAGGACCAAUAAGCCACUUUAUCAGUAUUUUGUAUAUUCUCUACACAUUUUUCUUCCCCAAACAUUUAGCCACUGCUUAUUCAGCCCUAUAUAACUUUUAUUAAGCCUCUGUGUUUUCAGCAUUAUUACAAAAAUGCAACAUAAUUACUUGGCAUAUGUAGCGUUUCCCUAUAGUACUUUUAUGAAGUGCAGUAAAUGGACGUUUUUCCGUCCAUUGGAAAUUCCACUCACGGUACUGUAGAGCUCUGUUGGUUGUGUAUGACUAACAGGAAACUUCUUCCAGACGUAGAUUUCUGUUGCUGUUAUGUUUAGCUCAUUGAUGUCGUAUUGUGCUGUACCAUGUUUAUUAUUUCAAUAUUCAUUUUUGUAAAAAAUAUAUAUAUUAUAUGUGCUAUUUUAUGUUUGUAUUUGAAAAAUCUCUGUAAAUAAAUUUUUCCUUGAUCAAUACUUGCAA